AGACCUGGCUCGUUGGCACUGGGCACAAAGGCUUCCGAGCCAAGAGGCGAUGGGGAACAUUUGCCGGCCGCCGCCCAUGCCCUCGGCGGAGGCCGCCUCCCGCGAAGAAGCGCCCGAGGAGGAGACGCAGGAGAUGGGCAUGAACUGCUUGAUGAGUCAAAAGCUCAACUGCUUCCACAAGACGGACUCCUUCGAGAUCACAGGCUCUGAGGCGUCGACGCCCGGCCCGAAGACGCUUCACGGCUACGUGCCCGUGACGCCCAUCUCCGGGUCCAGCUACGAUGCCAUCAUGCCGGAGCCGGAGGAGGACGGCUCGAUGCGCUUCUUCGACUACCGGGAGGAUAGGGAGGCGGGCGAGGCCGUGUUCCUCCAUCUCUACGACCUCAACGGCACCUUCGCGCACAUGAACUCAGUCUCCUUGGAUCUGCUGGGCAUCGGUGGUGCUCUGCACGUGGGGGUGGAGGUGCUGGGGAACGAGUGGAGCUUCGGAAUGCAGGGUGUCUCCAUCACCACGCCCAAGCAGAACCAGUAUUACACCUUCCGCCAGACCGUGCCGAUGGGCCGCACGAAGCUGAAGAGGAAGGAGGUCGAGAGCAUGAUCCUCGCGCUGAAGCGGCGGUGGUCAGGCGCGGAGUAUGACUUGCUGGACCGAAACUGCGGGCACUUCUGCAACGAGCUCUGCCAAGCGCUCGGCGUGGGGCGCAUGCCGUGCUGGGUGACCCGUGUGGCGGAGACCAUGGCCCUGAUGCCGGGCUCGCACACGCUGAAAGAUUCCCUCUCGCGCGCCAUCAUGGAGGAUGGCUCUCCACGGGAUGACGAGGCCUAUUUGGUCUGCACCCCACCUGCUCAUCCAGGCAAGAUGCUCCGGAGCCCACCAGGCUCGGGGGCCACGCUGCCCUCCACGGGGUCCCCGGUGCACUGCCGCUACGGCAGCCUGGAGCCAGGCCCCGCGGUCUCCCUAGCACAGCAUCGCUGCGAGGCGUUCCACGAGCGCGGCCGCAAGGCCAGGGAGAGGGAGAGGGACAGGCGGCCCAUGCUGGCGGCGGUGGGCGGUGCGUGACAUCGCCGGCUCGCUCGGGUGAGAGGCCAAUGUUCGUGAGUAGUUCGUAUAGCUCGUAGCAAAGUUGUCAGCUCGCAAUGCUUUGCCACGCCCAAAGCUGGCAAUCCCCCGUUUUUUGUUCCUUACGCGCGAGAGGUGCCGAGGCAGAUUUGCCUCGUGCCCGGCAAUUCGGAAUUCGAUCCGCCGUUGCAUCUGGAGGUGACGGGCCGUCCAUGUCUGCCAAGGGGUGGGUGAC